AAGUGCGUUGUGAAAAUGGUGCAAAGAAAUUUUUAUAAAUAUUUCUAGAAAAAACAACAAUUUCAAACAAAAACUAAAUAAGAAAUAUAAUUUAAACAAUAAUUUACCAUAUACAAAUAAAAUUAACUAAAAAAUAGUGAAAUUUAUAAAGAAAAACUUAAAAGAAAAAAAUCUAAAAAGAAGAAAAAAAAUUUUUCCCGUCUAUUGCCAAAAGGAAGAAAAUACUUAACGUCUACGUAGAAGAAAAGAACAAAAUAAGAAUUUUAAGAACAUUGACGUGAGUGAGUGCUGGUUUUAACUAAAAAGGGAUUUUUUAAUAAAAUUCCUUAAAUAAUUUAAAGAAUACAUUUCAAUAACUAAUUAAAACUAAUAGAAAUAGUAUUUAAAAGCAAAUUAAAUACAAAUUUGAAGAGAAAAAAGUGUACAGAACAAGUGAAAAUUUUGUAAAAAGUGUGUGUGUGUGUUUGCAAGCUGGAGAAAAUCAAUAAAAGUUUUUGUUAAAUAUUUAGGACAAAUUAAAACCUACAAAGUGAACAAAUCUCCAGUCCUUUACACCACAACCACAUCGACUUCCCCAUAACUUACACUAAAUCAAUCAAAAAAGAAACAAAGUAAUCAACACACAUAUAUAUUUUUAACUUUGGUUGUGUUAUGAAGCAUUUUUGCAAAAAUAGAUUCACGCAAGCGUAAAAGGCUCAUACAGACCACAAUGAAGGAGAUGGUCGGCGGCUGUUGUGUAUGUUCAGAUGAGCGUGGUUGGCCCGAAAAUCCGCUCGUAUAUUGUGAUGGCCAAAAUUGUACCGUUGCUGUGCAUCAAGCUUGUUAUGGCAUCGUAACCGUGCCCACGGGUCCAUGGUUUUGCCGAAAGUGUGAAAGUCAAGAGCGUUCAACGCGUGUCCGUUGUGAGUUGUGUCCCUCGCGAGAUGGAGCACUUAAGAAAACAGAUAAUCAAGGAUGGGCUCAUGUGGUCUGUGCUUUGUAUAUACCGGAGGUUAGAUUUGGUAAUGUUACGACUAUGGAACCCAUUAUACUGCAAUUGAUACCUCAGGAGAGGUAUGGCAAAAAUUGUUAUAUAUGUCAGGAAUUGGGUAAACCACAUCGCGCCACUGUCGGCGCCUGUAUGCAGUGCAAUAAAUCUAAUUGUAAGCAACAAUUCCAUGUCACGUGUGCUCAAAGUUUGGGCUUGCUUUGUGAGGAGGCUGGCAAUUAUUUGGAUAAUGUAAAAUAUUGUGGCUACUGUCAGCAUCACUAUAGCAAAUUGAAAAAAGGAGGUAAUGUUAAGACUAUACCACUAAAACCAAUUGCACAUGAUACUUCCUCUGAUUCGGGUUCAUCACCAGAAAAGGAAAUCGAUUCAACCAUGAGCACUACGGCAUCUUCUACAUCGGCUACCAGCAUUAAAAUCACUACAAAUCUAACGUCAUCGACAUCGUCGUCGUCGAAACAACGAAAAUCUUCGAAUGCCACAAAACAGUCUUCAUCGUCAUCUAGUACGAAUAUGAAUGCGAGUAAUCUAUCCUCAUCCACUUCACUACAUAAUCUUAGUAAUGCAGGAGCAUCAGGUUUUAGUGGUAGUAAUUCCUUACCAGCCACCGGUGCAGGCACCAACUCUUCUUCCUCCAAUCUCAAAUCUUCAACGGGUAGUUCUUCGGGAAGCUAUAAAGAUGGCAAGGAUGGUAAACACAGUAAAAAUAUAAAUAAAAUAUCCAGUUCCAGUAAGGAUAAAGAAAAAGAUUCCUAUUCCUCUUCAUUUUCCUCAUCACGUGAUUCACGUGAUAAAUCCUCUAAAUCAUCUAAGAACAAGGACAACAGUUCCCUUAGCAAUUCGACAAAUUCACUUAUGAACAGUAAUCUUGCAAUCUCCUCUUCAAGUUUAAACGCCUCAAAUCCCUUUGCUGCUGAUCACUCUUCAGGUGUACAGAAUCUUUCCACCACCAAUCUAUCGAAUAGUAUGACAUAUUCUCACAGUAAUCCAGCUGGAAAUUUACACGGAACAAUUUCCUCAUCCUCCUCCACCUCGGGCGGUGGUAAUGUUAAGGAUUCAUCAAAGAAUCCCUUUUCAUCGGCUACAAGUCAAGGACAAUCUACAAAUUUUCUAAGUGAAUUACAUUCAGAUGGCACUAAUCUAACACCUACACCCAUGGAUAUAAUAUCAUCAGGCAAUAGUUCUAACACCACCAGUAAUACCCAUUUAACCCAUUCAUCAUCAUUUAAUAAAACUGUAAAUCAUUCACAAUCUUCCCUGCCGGCCAACAGUAGUAGUCAUCACAAUAAUAGUAAUUCUAGUGUUAAUUUGCACAUAAAUAAUACAUCCAAUUCGUCGACUUCAUCAUUUGCUAAGAAACGCAAAAAUGAGGCUAAAUUAAAUGCUGCUGCGGAUGAGUUGAAUAGUCCUUUCCGUGAUAUUAUUAAAGAUGUUACUGUUACGUUAACGCCUUUAACGGAUUUUGAAAAGGAAAUUGAAAAAAGCUCAAAAAAGCAAAAAACUGAAUUAAGUCCACCCACACAUCAAUCAUUAAUCAAUGCCGAAACCUCAUCACAAAAUAGUCGAGAUGCUGUUUUAAUAUCAACAACAACAGCAACAUCAAAUACACAUUCAUCCUCUGCCUCUUCAAAUACAGCCGGUAAUCAAUCGUCUUCUUCAUCAUCAUCGCAUCAUAAAACGAAUGCUAAUAAUGAAGGUGGUAAACAUGCAACAGGUUCAGCGACGUCUGCUGGUCAUAAAACAGUAUCAACGUCCAGUUCUAUAACGGCCAAAGAAAGAGAAGAACGUUAUGCUGCUGCACAAGCAGCCAUAGCAGCAGCAAAUGGUGGUAAUGUUACAGCAAGUUCAACAACAUCAGCCGCUACAACAACAGCAUCAGCUACAGCUGGCGGCAAUGCUCCUAGUUUAUAUGUUUCCGUGCCACUAUCAACAGCAAAUGUACCUGGAAUAAAUUUACCCACAAAUUCCUCAACAGCAGGAGAACACGCCAGCUCACAAACUACCCGCUCAACUAGUCAACAACAACAACAAUCAUCAGCCGCCUCCUCAUCUUCAUCAUCAUCCGCCGCCAACAAUACUUUAGAUCGUCAAUCACCUUUCAACGCUACAGCAUCCUCUACCACGUCAAUACCUUCUCCUGCUAAUGCUCAACAACAGCAACAUGGUGUUAUUUACCAAAGCGGUAAAUCACCCAAUUCUUCAUCAGCUUCAUGUACCACCAACAACUCUACAACAUCCUCCUCUACAGCGGGAAUUAAUUUGACUGCUUCUACCACCGAAACGGGCAAUUUAAAGAUAAGCUAUGAGAAACAAUCCUCUAGACUUAGUCAGAUUCAAGAACAAGAAACGGCUCCCAUACGUAGAUCAAGAUCACGCUCAGGUGAAAGUAGUAUGUUGCAAGCACAACAACAACAGCAACAACAAAAUACUAGCCAAAAAUCGAAUUCCAGAUCGGGUAAAAAAAGGGCUGCUUCUAAUAAAACACAAAAUUCAAAUACUACAACAACAACUGAUAAUGCUGCAAAUCCACCACAAGAGAAAUUAACAAAAACAACUAGUAAUACAACAUCAACUGCAGCAGCAGCUAAUGCUAACUCAUCUUCUUCACCAGUACCGCAUUAUCACAAUGAUUUAACUACACCCACACCACCGCCCUUAGCUCCCUCACCAUUAUCAUUACCGCCGCCCAGUAGUACACCAACACCCUCAACACGUACUUCCACACCCAAUAGCACACCAACGGCCACACCAUCAGCCUCACCGGUGGUAAUGUUGCAAAGUUCCUCCAGCAAUAGCAGCAGCAGUAAUAGUGAGCAUAAUACUUCUACUGCAGCUGUAACACGACAACAGGCAGCAGCUUCUUCUAAUGCCUCUUCCUCUUCGUCGUCAACAUCUUCAUCAUCUUCUGAUACUUCUAAAAAUGCAGCAGUUAGAAGAAAAAGUAAUGCAACUUCACCUUUGCCCGCUUCAGCAACAGCUGGUUCAAGUGGUAUUACUGCUACAAUAAACUCGGCCACAGCAACCAAUCUUACAAACUCAAAUAGCAAUAAUAGCAACAAAAAUAAUAACCACAGCCACAAUGACCAAAGCAUUUCUUCUUCCUCCUCUUCUUCUUCAUUAUCUACAACAUCUACAACUUUUUCUAAAAAUUCUCUUAAUAAUAACACAAAUAAUGCAACAAACAACAACAAUAAUAAUAAUAACAACAAUAGUCUUAUUAGUAGCAGUAGUCAUAGUUCUAUAAAUAGUAGUAGCAAUAGCAGUAGUAGUAAAACACAUAAUAACAAUAGUCAUCAUAGUAGUAGCAAUACAGAAGUUGCUGAAACUUCACCAACACCUCCAACAACAACAACCAACACUUCAACGCCAACUCCAACAACAACUAGUAACAAUAAACCUUUGAAUAAGAAAAUGUUAAGAGCCCAACAAAAUCAGUUGCAACAACAACAGCAGCAGCAACAAAUGGCAGCUGCAGCUCAAGCUGCCAACAAUAAUAAACAACAACAGCAAUCGCCUGAGCGUUUGACCAAAACCAAUAACCAACAAAAUAAUAACAAUAAUAAAAACAAUUCCCAUAAUAAUGCUUUCACUGCUAAUGCUUCAGCUGUCACUACUUCUUCAACAGCUUCUUCUUCAUCUAUUACUAAUUCAUCUACUGCUGCUAUUGCCAACAGCACUUCUACUACUAACUCCUCCUCUUCUUCCCUUAAUACUACUUCUUCCUCUUCCACUUCCUCCUCAACUUCUGUCACUACUACUAAUACUAAUAAUGCUUCUUCUUCAUCAUCAGCUAAUAAACAGCUGCUGCAACAACAUACACAAAAUGUUGCUGCUAAUAAGAAUAGCAAUAACAAUAACGAUAAUAAUAAUGAUAUUAUAGAAAUUUUGCCAUUAACCACAAUUUCUACAAAUUCUUUUUCUUCUUCUACUACCCUGCCUAUAACUACAACAACAACAAUAUCUACCACUUCUCCAAUAAAUGGCCAAAACAAACCAAAUAACCCCAAUAAUAACAAUCCUACAAAUGCCAAUGCCAACACCAUCCAACAAAACACUAAUACUACCGCUACUACCACCAACAACACCUCCACCACGAACUCCAAUACCAAUCCUAACAAUAAACAUAACAACUCAACGUCUUCAUCAUCUUUAUCAUCACCAACAACAACGAAAUCCCUUAAUAAAACGUUAAAUUCUGCUGCCAAUCCCACAACAACUUCAAACAACAGAACACCUGAUAGUGGUGUCUUCUCUUCCUCCUCCUUUAACAUUAGCAAUGCCAGCUCUUGUUCUACAUCUUCGCUCGCUAGUGCUGCAGGUGGUGGUUUAAAAUUCUCCUAUGAACCUCAAUCUAAUGCGACGAAUCUACCACCCAGUAUUGAUACCACAAAUUCAGCUGUAUUAACGAAUAUUGUUAAAGAUUCACCACCCAGUUCACCGGGUUCAGAGGCUGGUUCCCAGCGUAAACGUGGUCGCAAGGCAAAGGACUCAGUCGCCAGUACAUCAAACACAAAUGUUCUUAUGGCAAAUGAUCUCAAAGAUAUAAAAUUAUUCCAAAAUGGUGGUGUUAACGCUGCAACUACUACCAGUGCCGCUAUAGCUGCAGCAGCUGCUGCAGUCUCUUCAUUAGCACCGGCUUGCGCUGCAUCAACAACCACCACAUCGUCUUCGAUAAAUGUUUCGGCAGCUGCUCAUAUGUUGGGUAAUCAUAUAAAUCCGAAUAGUAGUGUGGCCCAGAAGUUAUCGGAUCAAUUGAGUAUGGAGAUACAGGAUCAUAGUGUUUAUAGUGCUGAUCCGCCAGCGCCUCAGUUUAUGGGUGUACCGUUUCCGGGAAAAAUGCGCUCCUCUACCAAUACACCAGCAGCCCCCUCAACUACAGUAGCAUCAACGGGACCCAGUCCAUUGGCUUCAAUGUUUGGCAGUGGAGCAAAUGGUAAUCUAGCCAUACCACAAAGUCUAGAACAAUUAUUAGAGCGUCAAUGGGAGCAAGGAUCACAAUUCCUAAUGGAACAAGCUCAACAUUUCGAUAUUGCCUCUUUAUUGUCGUGUUUACAUCAAUUACAAUCAGAAAAUGUAAGAUUAGAGGAGCAUGUCUCUAGUUUAAUAGCAAGAAGAGAUCAUUUAUUAGCUGUUAAUGCUAGAUUAGCUAUACCGCUUAAUACAAAUACAACACAGAGUCAAGUAACAACAGCGGGCGGUAACAAUAGUAGUAGUACAACAACAUCUUCCGCCAUUCCAGCCUCAACAUCGACCAUAAAUUCCACACCCACUUUAACAUCAGCCUCAGCUGCUACAGCAGCUUCAUUGGCAACAGCAGCAACGACCUCUAUAUCGGGUACAACCUCGUCGAGUACCUCUAGAGGUACAACGGGUGUUGGACAAACAGCAGUAGGAAAUGAACGUAUGGGUCGUUUAACAUCAUCAUCUACUUCCUCAGCAUCAUCAUCAUCCUUAGUAGUUGGUGGUGGCAAUAGCAGUAAUCUUGAGAAUGGUUUAGAUUUUCGACAAAGUUCAAAUAGUUCCACAAUGUCUUCUUCAGCUAUGAGACAUCCUGCUUCAACAUCAGCGGCCUCACAACAAUUAGUACCAGCUAGUACAGCUGUAGCACAUAACAACAGUAAUAAUAGUGGCGGCGGUAGUAAUUUGUCCAACAUGCUGCCAGCAAUGUCAUCUUCAUCGACUUUAUCGCAUGCAGUAACAGCUGCUGCCUCUAACAUGCCACCAACAACUGUCUCAGCAAAUCGUUUGCAACAGCAACAACAACUUCAUCAUAUGCAUCAUCAGCACCAGCAGCAGCAACAACAUCAUCAACAACAUAUUCAACAUGUAGCUUCUGCAAUGCACCAACCUCCUCCUCCUUCUUCUUCUACUUCACAACAACAGCAGCAGCAACAACAACAACAGCAAACGCAUCAUCACUCUCACUUAUCGUCUCAUUCAACAGCACAUGCCACUCAUGCAAUUCAUCAUGAACCUCAUCCAAUGACCACAUCGCGUAUCGGAGGUAAUGUAACAUUAAAUACUACCACCACUACAGCUGGCAAUCGUUUAGUUAGUGGUUAUACUUCCUCGUCCUCUUCCUCAUCGUCGGCUUUACUAAAUGAGACGACAGACCCUAAACAGACUGGUAUUGGUGGUGGUGGUGGUGCCCUACUGGCUGGUGGUGUUGGCACCACUACUUCUUCUCACCACCAUUCUACUUCUUCGUCUUCUGCUUCAUCUUGUAAUCAAACUGGUGGUGGUGUUGGUGUUCUUAGUUUAACUAAAUCUAGUCUAAAUGACCUAAAAAAUACAACUUCUUCAACUACGACUAGUAAUAGUAACAUUGGUGGCAUUGUUGGUGUUGGUGCAAACACCUCUUCUUGUAAUUCUUCUUCAGCGGCCGUCAAUUAUCCCGGUCCCUAUAAACCUCAUCUUCAGUCACAACUAAGGCGAAACGAUAACAUACCAAAGGCCAGCUGAAAUUUAUAUUCACUUGAAGAGCCUACAAAAGCAACAAAGAAAAUCAAUACAAAAUCAAACAAACGUAAUAAUGAAGAUAAUAAAAAUAGCAAACA